AGAUUGGGAGUGCUCAUUCUUCGGUAGUGGUUCCCGGCUUUCCAUGCCAGGAGCUAGAGAGCGACUAUCUGUGCCUCUUCAGGUCAUGUGAGGAGCUGCACGAGCAUUCAAUUCUUAUUUGUCCGCGCCCGAUCCUCUGGAAAUUUCCAUGCCGGCAUUGGAUUGGGAAUUUGAGAUCCCCGUUGGCCACCGAAGAUCCCUGUCGACGUCAGACGCAACCGGCGACCGGCGUCUUUCAACAACACAGCACGUACUUCGGUCACAAGGUCGUACUUCUUCCCGGAGAUCUCCGCUAAAUUCCGGGCCUACGUUAGUUUCUUUUUCUGCUCGAGCCUUGGACAUUAUUUUUAUUCUUUGUCUGGCGCGAACAUCUGUCUUCUGUCGGUUCGUCACUGUCCCCUCUGGGCAUGGGGCGCCCCGUCAAAUCGAUGAGGCGAGCAAGGAUCUGACAAAACGGACAGUCAUUUUCGAGUCAGUCUCAUGCAAUCGUUGCACCGAAAUAUUCAUGCAUGAGCAAUCAUCCGACAUCAUCCUCAUCGAGACAAGAGGAGGGCUGCUCUGCUAUUGGUAUACGGUUAUUUCAAUGCGUCAAGUCGACUCCCCCUGAUUGAUUACCAUUGUGCAUUUGCCCGGGUUAAGAUUACUCCUAGAGCCUUGUACACAGCCCAGCAGCCUUCCCGUACUUUGCCAGAAGCGGGAAGAGGGCAUCGAGUCAUCGUCCGUCGGAACCCAAAUCAAUUGUCGGUCAAUUGACAUGUGAAACUAUGUAUGAACGUGUCGACGUUGUAUUGAAUCAGCCAAGCCUGCCUUGGGUAACAAGUCCAUGAUAUGAUCGUCAUAGCAGUUUUAGGGCCGCAGAAGAGUAUGAUCAUCAAAUUCCCAAGGUUGAUUUUGGGCUGUGGAUUGCGCCAACAUGUAUGCAUGUACAAGGGUUGGAUUGACUU